AUGACUUCGUCAAAGGCCUCAAACACAUAUAAUCGCCAGAACUGGGAAGAUUCGGUAAGUUUGACAGUGGGAGAGUUCUUUACUUGUUUUUUUGAUUUAAAUUUCGCAGCUUUGGAUCUUGCCGAAAUGCGUUUUAUAUUUAUUUCUAAAGGAGCCACAACGCAAAUUUACGCUGUUGUCAUAUACAUGAUGGGUAGGAAUACUAUAGUGUUUAAAGCAUGACUGCUCGAUUUUUAUCUCACGCCUCUGCAAUUCCAAAUACUUCAUCGAUUAUGCCGCUAAGUAAUUAUCACUGACUCUAAACGCAUUUUCUUGCCGUUCCGGCCAACGAAGCAAGCGCACUAAAGUAAUGAUUUCUUCGUGAGCUUCAGUUAUCGUUUCUUUACGGUAACGCCGGAAUUCUGUCGUGGCCAACUGUUUUACAUAUCAAGACAGUGCAGUUCCACGUCGUUUUAUCAUCAUGAGAACUCGUUUCAAUGGCAUGUUUCGAUUCCAUAAGGCACGAAUUCAUAUUUCAGUGACGCUCACCUAUUUUCACGACUGAUCGCCUAAUACGUCAUCCCUUCCGCCCUGUUAACUUAUUCCUGUCUCACUGUCGUCCUCGGCGUCUCGGCAGCGAUUACGUUUUUAGGGAGUAGCUGUAUAUCCGUUUUCCAUAUGACUUGAAACAGCGCUUUCGGUCCGAGUGAAUAUCAUGCCAUAGGACUUACAUCGAAGGUAGCGCUCACGGAUGCGUUGGUCAGGUGGCUCCUGUUCACUAAAUUCCUGUGUUUUCGUUUAAGGACGCUUUGCACGGCCUACACCGAUAAUGUCUAUCGGUAUGUCUGUGGUUGUGAUGAAGUAUCUUCUAGCCGUGUUUAUUCUGCUUGUAUCUCUGGGUUUGCCAUUCAUUUAAGCUGCAGAAUACGACAGCGACAGUCGGUUCCCUGUACGUGAUUUAACUAUUUAUAGUCUAUGGGUCUUGGAUUAUACUGAUGCUACCGUCCUUUGUACACGCCUGUUUGGACCACCUUCUCAUGCCAGCAAUGAGUAGCUGAAUAUUUUGCCUGGCUGAAGUGGCGGUCUGUUAUGCUGGUCACGAAAUCUGGAGAUAGGCACCUUUAGAAGUGAAAUGCUCGGAUCGAUAACAGAACUUAUCCUCCCUUUCGAGAACACCCACAUAUAUGGCCCGUCCACAGUUUUUUGCAUGAAAUAUGCUGUUCACCCCUAGGUAACGCCUAUUACUUUUCCGUCUGCACUGUGCAGGCUUCGCGCUUGAAACCAUUUCUUCGGUAGGUGUCGAAAAUACCGGCAACCGCCGCAAAUAGACACAGAGCCCUUAUAUAUAAGAUCUCGCCCGUGCUUACAGGUCACCAUAACAGGUUUCGCGUAGCGUCACGUCCCCAUUAUCAUUAUGUUGUUCCUUGACACUAAGCUAGCGUAAAUAAUGGUCGAUUUUGAUAAGAACAAGAGAUUCCGUGGAGCAGUUGAUUGUGGGAAUCCGACAAUUGUAUUCCGAAGAGCCGUGCGUUGCGUUGUAAAAAGCAAUAUCGGGACGUAUGCUCAAAUUGUUAGUACUAUGGUUGCUGAAGGUAGUACCGGCUUCACGGGGUUCUAUUUGACAGGUUUUUAUUGUUGGAGCAAUAAUUCAGUAUCUUCCAUCUACCACCAACACGUCCAUUAAUUUCUGUUAAGUAUGGAGGCUCGUUACCAGUUAUCUUUCACGAAAGAGCCGAUUGAAGGUGUUCAUAACCCCUCAGAGGCGGAUGCUAAAGCAUGCUUAAUCUCUGCUUUUCAGGAAUUUUUUAACUUUCUAGGCUAGGUCAGCCAUCCCGAUGAAGUCUAAAACUGCAGAGUAAAGUUUCGUCUACUGCUUACGUCCAUCGCUUUUACCGAUCAAACUCAAAUUUCCUUAGACCCCAUUGUUCACACAGCGACGAAUGCGUAGCAACCAAAAGGCAGAGUAACAUUGCCGACAAAGACAAGAGAGCGGCCAAAAGAGUUCUAUCGAACUGUACGGAAGUCGGAUACCGCCGAACCUCAAAAGGCGAAUCAUUAGCUAUCGUGGAAGUCAUUGCAUCAUUGGCGUCCGUUUUUCUCAAAAUAUAUGGCCGCUUCGGGAACAAAGUCAUCCAGAUGGGGGUCGAACGGUAAAACUUAUCCUCUGUGUCUGCCACCACCAAACUUUCUUUAGUUCCUGUUUUGGCGUCGUGCAACCAUUGACGCACACAGGCCUGCCAUGCAAUUAUACUCGAGUAUGAACUUAUUUUUAGUCCUAUGUGAAAUAGCGCAGGGCGAUCUUCGGCUGUAGUUUGUCUUCCAAGUUGUUUUGCCUUAUUGGAAAUUUAAUGCUGAAGGACUGCAUAAUAGGAGAAAGGAACAAGCAAAUCGAACAGGAACGCCAUAAAUUUGGCGAACUUCGACUUUGACUCCUGCCCCACAUAGUGACGGUUAGCAUUUCGGGACGCAUCAUUAGGUGGGGCGCGCUGAUGAUUACUUGUUACUUGUACUUAUUUAUGCUACACCACCAUUGGUGCUGUCCGAAAGGCUUAUAAGUAGUAAGUGCCUCGCAUCCCGUCUUAGUCCUUGACAAAUUUGUCUCUAUGAACGCACUAUGUCAAAUUCUAGCCUUCCGUUAGUUGUACGCAUUGGGCUUCCAUCAGUUUAGUUGCUGACACUCCUAUUUUAGAAUUUAUGCUGAAUCUCUCCCGACUAAGGGCCUCUUAUCGACAUAUUCUAGUCCUUCCCAAUCCUCUGCGAAACAUGCCUCGGUCCGAGCCCUUUCGUCAGAAUGAUGAAGGAGCGGUACGGGAGGGAGUGCAAGAUCUGCAAUCGUCCAUUUACAGUCUUUCGCUGGAGUCCAGGGCCCAAGGCUCGUUUCAAGAAGACUGAGAUCUGCCAGACCUGUGCCAAGGUGAAGAACGUCUGCCAGACCUGCAUUUUUGAUCUUGAAUAUGGAUUACCCGUUGAAGUCCGAGACAAAGCGCUCCGUCUUAAUCAACAACUACCCCGUAGCGAUGUGAAUCGGGAGUAUUUCCAUCAGCAAGUUGAACAGCAGCUGGAGCUAGCUGGUGAUGUUACUGCACCGUAUGGCGGUCAUGAUCUGAUUGGGAAGUCAUUAGCCAGUACAAAUGCAGCGCUUCAUGGAUCUGGCGCCGGUGGUGCAGACAUGCUUCUUAAACUAGCUCGUACGACGCCCUACUAUCGCCGAAACAGACCUCACAUUUGUUCUUUCUGGGUCAAGGGUGAGUGUAGACGUGGGGAGGAAUGUCCAUACAGGCAUGAAAAACCCACUGAUCCGGAUGAUCCACUAUCGGAGCAAAAUCUGCGUGAUCGUUACUAUGGUCAGGACGAUCCCGUGGCUGCCAAGCUGCUCUCCAAGUACUCCUCCAUGCCUAAACUCACGCCACCGGAAGACAGGACUAUCACCACCCUUUACAUCGGAGGAAUUCCCGAGGAACUAACGGAGAAGGAUCUGCGGGAUCACUUUUACCAGUUUGGUGAACUUCGUUCUGUCAGUGUUCACCACAAGCAGCAUUGCGCAUUCCUGCAGUUUACCACGAGAGAAUCUGCUGAGCGCGCCGCCGAAAGAAGUUAUGAUCGUCUUAUCCUGCGUGGUCAUCGUUUGACUGUGAACUGGGGCAAAUCUCCUGCGGCCCUGGCAGCUGCUAGUGCCGGCAUAACGUUAUUGGGGACUGGCGAGGUGGAGUCUUUGCCACCCGUCCCGGGCCUGCCACUACCUCCGACCCCCCUUCCGCCAUCUCUGCUUCCCUCCACGUCCUCUGUCUUUCCCAUGCUUGGGGGCUACUUUUCAGCACCUCCUCCACCUCCGCCCCUCGUGAAAGUCGGUGAACUCAGUUCUAUCACUUCCCUCGGAACUGUUCAGCUUGCCCCACCAGUUGCGGAACCGCCACCACCAGGAGGUAAGAAGCACAUUUUAAUUACGCCUGCCUCACUUGCGGUGCUCAUCGUAUAUUAAUUUGCCCUGUCUCAGUAAGUCGUGUUAAAACUUAACUGACGGAGAAACCCAUAGACUGCCGUUGUUCCUUCUUAGCCUCUUGGUGUGUCACCUUUGCCGAACCUGUACAGCGUCCCACUCAAAGUUUCCAAAGAGUCUUGAGUUUUGGUUGACGAUGUUUUUUAAUCUAAAAUCGUUGGCUAUUUUUUGUGAAUGACAGUCCAGGCCUAGGUAUUAGUUGAAGUGCUUGUUCAUAUCUGUCUAUCCUAUCUGAUGACCAGCUCAAGUAACUCCACUCAAAACUUUCGACAGCACGAUCGUCCACAGUCUGAUGAUCGUAUUCACUUCCCUACAUGUAGCUAAUAACUUUGCAUCAGUUUCUUCUCAACCCUGAUCGUAUCUUUGCUGUUGUUUAUCAAGAGGUCGAUUCUGGUUCGUCUUGCUUCACUGUCUGCAUUAGAGGACGUAGACAACCUUUAUCGCAGAAAGGACGGUUUUUGUUGAAUGACUGUAACCAUAAGGACCUAGUUGUACGCUUUCCCAAAGUGUUUACAGACUCUUGGUACUCUCAUCGGACGCCGAGUGAUCCAAUGCACCGCUGCAAUGGGCAGCUGAAUCUCCGCGGGUCAUCUUGCAAGUCUAUAUGAUACAAAAAUACGUUGCCGAUAUUGGUUUUAGAGAAAAUCACGUUAGUAAGCCAUCGUCCUUAAAACGUGGGUUGCCCCUCGUCCAGUGCAGUCAGGUAGUUUGCCAAACAGACUUAAAUUCCUUCGCGUCUGUUUGCCCAUCCGACUCUAAUGCCUAUUUUACCGAACUAACAACCUCUUGAAUUGUCGUCUGCUGUCGCUUCGUCCACAUAAUUGAGCGAUUCUGUUUUCCCAACACAUAGCUUCAUCGCUGAUUCGUGGCCCUCCACCUCCGCCUCUUGCCCCGCCGGCAAUCGCUGUGGCAGCUGCUUUGAACAAUAUGCCACCACCGCCACCACCACCUCUACCAUCCACCACUUCUGGGGUAGAUGCGGUGACUGCACCCACCGCCUCUUCCGUGGACAGUUUCCGAAAAGAGAGUGGUGUUUCAGCAGAGGCAGGAACCUCCGACGCCACGAGGCCUUCUAACGAGUCUGCUGUCCUCACUAACAUCGCCAAGGAUCUGCCAUCUCUGGGCGUGCACUAUCCGAGUCAGAACCCGCAACGCAUGGGCAGCGUCCCACAGGCACAGCGACACGUCUAG